UUUCAUUCGGUCCCGAACUUUUGAAGGAGGAGGUCGUUUAUGGAGCACACGGUUGCGCAUUCGUUGGUCCGUUUGUGCGAGUGUGCGUGAGUCGGCGUUUUGUGCUUGUGUUCGUACUAUUUCUGCACGUGCUGCUCCGUUGCGACCAAUUCGGGUGAUACAAUAAUAAUAAUAGAGCACAGUAGUGUGAACCAAUUUAUGCUCUGAUAGCACAAGCAGAAGGAGUUUCUGAUCUAGACGAGAGCUAUCCAUCCAUAUGAUAGCAUGGAUAGCAGUGCAAAGCCAACGCGGAAAAAUCCGCGACAGCAUGCAAAUAUUAUUUCACAACUAAUAUUUGCCUGGGCGAUACCAUUACUAUAUCGAGGUUCCCGCAGAGGCCUUAAUACGGAUGACCUGACACAAUGUCUGAAGGAAGAUCGAUCCGAGCAGUUGGGCGACCGUUUGGAGGAUCAAUGGUUUAAGGAACUAGAGCGAUCUCACCGCAAGAAACAGAAGCCGCAUCUCAGAAACGCACUUUUCCGCUGUUUCCUAGGACCCACGAUCAUCAAUGGCCUCAUUUGCUUUAUCUACAUAGUGAUCAAGACCUUAAUUCCAGCUGUUCUUGCACAGCUGUUGAUUCAGUUUCAAAAAACUCCUGUUGCGCAAUUAAGAAAUAUCGAUGUCAAUGAUAUUUCAAUAUCAGAUUCCCUGAAUCGAACAGCACGGGCAAUUCCAAACUAUGUGCUGAGUCAGGCUGUCGCCAACUCUAGUGGAUCUCCAGGGGAUGCACUUUUCCCCAAAUCGCUGGACAAAGCGGGUCCACUGGAGCCGAUUCAGCCUCCAGUAGAGGAAGUGGAUCACAAUGCAACCGCUGUGCGAAGCAUCUUGGAUCAGACCGUCGAGCACAUGUGGAACGAUAUGAACAGUCUGGGCGCCGUCCUGGUUCUUUCGACGCUGUUCUGCUGCUUCCUGUUGCACCACGUCGAUCUCCGACAGCGCCUAAUGGGUGCACGGAUGCGAAUAGCCUGCUGCUCGCUGAUCUACCGGAAAACUCUACGGCUCUCGAUGAAAACGGCUGGUCAGACGCCAGCUGGUUACCUAAUCAACCUUCUUUCGAAUGAUGUGAAUCGUUUGGACUAUGGCUUCAUAUUCAUGCACUGGAUCUGGAUUAUGCCAUUGCAGGCGAUGCUCACGUGCUACCUGAUUUGGCUGAACAUUGGCAUCCCAGCAAUUGUGGGUGUAGUUGGACUGCUGCUAAAAACGGUGCCCGUGCAGACGGCCUUGAGCAAGGUAACCUCUGUGCUGCGGAUGAGAAUUGCGGAGCGAACGGACGCGAGAGUGGGCAUUAUGAACGAGCUGGUGCAGGGCAUUCAGGUUAUAAAGAUGUACGCCUGGGAAAAACCGUUCCAGGCGGUGGUGGCCGAAGCUCGGCGUAGCGAGAUCAAGCAGAUCCGAUAUGCAUCUUACCUGCGUGGCUUCUACCUCAGCACCAUGGUGUUCACGGAGCGAUCCACUUUGUACAUCACCCUGGCAGCGGCUGCUUUGAUGGGCCAAACCAUAACCGCAGACUUUGUGUUCUCAGCAGCCAGUUACUACAAUAUCCUGCAACUGGUGGCUGCCAUUUGGUAUCCACUAGCUGUAAGCUUUGGAGCGGAAGCAUUGGUUUCUCUGCGUCGGAUUCAGGACUUCCUUAUGCUCGAGGGACGUGAGGAGCGCACUCAAGGACUUACCCAUAAGCGAGAUCAGGAAGGUGGAGACUCCAGAGCAGUGACCAUUAAGGACAUUAAUGCCAGCUGGGAUAUUGAGAAGCCACAGAAAACGCUCCAAAGCAUUAAUCUGCAGAUCGAGAAGGGCCAACUGUGCGCAGUUAUUGGACCGGUAGGUGCCGGAAAGAGUUCUAUCCUCCAGUUACUGCUGGGUGAACUGCCCGUUAUCGAUGGAGGCGUUUUUAUCCAGGGUGACCUCUCCUAUGCAGCCCAGGAACCAUGGUUAUUUACGGGAUCGGUGCGAAAUAACAUCCUUUUCGGUGAAGAGUUUGAUAGGAAGCGUUACCAGGAGGUAACACGGUGUUGUGCCCUUAGCACGGAUUUCCAACAGCUGCCAAACGGAGACAAAACUCUUGUGGGUGAGCGUGGGGCAUCCCUUUCCGGAGGCCAAAGAGCACGCAUCAGCUUGGCCCGAGCUGUCUAUAAGCCCGCACAGAUUUACUUGAUGGAUGAUCCGCUAAGUGCUGUUGAUGCGCACGUGGGCAGGCAUCUCUUCGAUGAGGUGAUUGGACCCAGAGGACGACUGGCUCAGCUGAAGGCGACUCGCAUUCUAGUGACCCACCAGGUGCACUUCCUGUCCGAGGCCGACGUUAUUGUUAUUGUCGACCAAGGAAGAAUUUUAAGGCAAGGCACCUACCAGGAGCUGAUCAACAGUGAUCUGGACUUCGCUAGGCUCCUUGAGCGACCCAAGGAGGAGGAGGAAGGGGAAAACAGUCGCAAUCAAACAUCCCCGCUGAGUGUCAAUUCACUGGAGAGUGACGACGAGGACAUACCUUUCAUCGAUGGUGUAAAAGAUGGGUACCAGCAGUUGAGAAAACAGAGCAGCUCGGUACAUGGCAGCAAGUCGUUGGACAGUACCCAACUGGAUGAUAAUGUCGAUGAGGAUGAUCUGGCCGAGGCCCAAGCAUCUGGUGGCAUUUCACCACGCGUUUGGUACGAGUACUUCCAUGCGGGCAGUACUCUUCUGAGCUUCAGCUUCAUGGUCUUUGUUAUGGUGAUGUCCCAGGUGGUGUGCAGUAGUUCCGAUUUCUUUGCGAACAUCUGGACACAGCAGGAGCAUCAGAGGUCGCAGGGAGAGGCCACUUUCUCAACCUUCGAGUGCAUGUACAUAUACGGUGCUCUGAUCAUCGCCGUGGUGAUCAUGACCACAUUCCGUGGCUUCCUGUUCUUUAAGAUUUGCAUGCAUGCCUCCAAGGUGCUGCACGAUCGCAUGUUUGCCUGCAUCCUGCACGCCACCAUGAGAUUCUUUGACACCACUCCGUCUGGAAGGAUUCUGAAUCGCUUCUCCAAGGAUAUGGGCGCCAUUGAUGAGUUGCUGCCGCGGGCCAUGAUGGAUUUUAUACAGAUCGCUCUGGUGAUGUUUGGAAUUCUGAUUGUUAUUGGUAUACUGAAUCCGGUUUUGGUGGCCGCCAUGUUGGUGGUAGCCGUUGUGGAUGUGCUCAUCCUGAAGUUGUACCUGAGACCUUCGCAGGAUCUCAAGCGAUUGGAGGGCAUAUGCCGCAGUCCGGUGUUUUCCCAUCUCAGUGCUUCCCUUACGGGUCUGGCCAUCAUUCGAUCCCGCCAGUUGCAGGAUGUGGUGGCCAAGGAGUUUGAUUUGCUGCAGGAUGUGCACAGUAGCGUGUGGCAGCUGACCAUGGCAGUGAAUACGACUUUAGGCUUGUGGCUGGACUGUGUCAGUUGCAUCUUCCUUACCUCUGUCACCUUCAGCUUCAUUAUCUCCAGUGAAACCACUUAUAGCGGCAACGUAGGCUUGGCCAUUGCCCAGGCCAUGAUCCUAACCGGAAUGGUGCAAUAUGGAGUGCGACAAGUGGCCGAGUCCUUGCAGCAAAUGACCAGCGUGGAGCGCGUCCUGCAAUACACCGAACUGGAGCAGGAGCCGGCGCUGGGCGAAAAAACGCCACCGCAGCAGUGGCCCACACGCGGUCAGGUGGAGUUCCGCAAUAUGAGCUGUCGUUAUGAUCCAAAUGGAUCGCCGGUGCUUAGGAACCUGAAUCUCACCAUCGAGGCGGGCUGGAAGGUUGGCAUUGUGGGACGUACAGGAGCUGGGAAAUCGUCGCUAAUUGGAGCUCUCUUCCGAUUGGCUCACAUCGAGGGAGAGAUUUUUAUCGAUGGCAUAGAGACGGGAACGAUUUCAUUGGAAAUUCUGCGCACCCGCAUCUCGAUUAUACCCCAGGAUCCGGUACUGUUUUCCGCUACCAUCCGCUACAAUCUGGACCCCUUCGAGCGGUAUACCGACGCUGAGCUGUGGAGCGCUUUGGAAGAUGUGGAGCUGCGUAAAGCCAUUCCCGGUCUGGACUACAUGGUAACGGAGAGGGGCGGCAAUUUCAGCGUGGGCCAACGUCAAUUGCUCUGCCUGGCCAGGGCGAUUCUGCGAAACAACAAGGUGCUGGUACUGGAUGAGGCCACGGCCAAUGUGGAUCCACAAACCGAUGCCCUGAUCCAGCGCACCAUACGCAUCAAGUUCAAGCAGUGCACAGUGCUCACCGUUGCCCAUCGAUUGCACACAGUCAUGGAUUCGGAUCGGAUUAUAGUAAUGGAUGCUGGUGUCGCCGUGGAAUUCGAUGUGCCGUACUUGCUGUUGAAGAAGUCACAGGGACAUCUCCGGCAAAUGGUAGAGGCCACAGGCGGGGAAUCGGAAGCACUGAAGAAGACGGCCAGUGACAGCCACAAAAGAAUGCAAAGAGAACGGGACGAGCGAGAUCGCGAUCAGGAUGAGAGCCAGGAGUGAGAAACGGUGGCCCAAAAAAAUAUCCAUCGGAAAUCGCAUUUAACCAAAUCUGGUGCUUAUAAUGGCUCAAGGUUACAACUCUUGGGCUCCCAAUGGAAGAGGAAUCUUGUCCAAAACAAAAACCGUACCAAAAUGAUUUUCUUGUGCACAUACACAUAUUAUGUUAUCAAUGUUUCAUUUCCUUAGUUUAGUUAAGUUUGUUAACGAAAAGUCUAGAAUGUGUACUGCCUUAUACGUAUUGUACUUAGAUGUAAUCUCCACCAGGGACUACGUUGUAAUAUUUGUCCACCAACCUAUUGUAGACCGCCAGUGAAUCGGAUGUUUACUUACAACAUGACAAAAGCUACUUACAUUCUGGUACCGGACCAGAACUGAAACACCGAGGUCCUCAAAGGAUCAGUGGGUUAAUCUACUCACUAGUUAGACCAUCAAAUAUAUAUAUUGUUUAUAAAUUGUGUACAUUACUGCAAGUCUAUAUUCAUACAACCGAAAUAUUGUACUUGAAACUCUAGAUAGAAAUUUAAUAAAUAAUCGUCGGGUUUAUUAAAAUAUAAAUAAGUUUCACACAAAUUGGUAAUAAAAUUGUACAUUUAACUUAUUGAGUAAAUUUUAUACAAUCUUUUUCGAUAGUCAUUUUUUGACACAAAAUUGCAAAGUAAGUAAAAUAUAAAUAAUUGUCAUAAAAUGGAUAAUAUAAUCUAAAACCUAAACAAAC